AAAAAGAUCUAGAGAUACUAGAAAAGCUUGCCUUAGCUCGAGUGCUCGGUGGAAUACUGCAAUUUCUUGCUACAACAUCAAAUCACACCUCACAAUACGCAGAUCCACUGCUCCAUGCCUCCAUCACAUUUAUGCUUAAUCUCUCAACUUCCUCACUCAAAUUAAACCUCUUCUAAAUCAAAAUCAAUCAACCCAGAUUCCACACUUCCACAACAUUUUCCAAUUAUUUCUCCAUCUUCUUCUUCAAAUUCUUCUGUACAAUCACAAAAAAUCUAAGCUUUAAUCUCCACUAACAAUGGCGGCCUCCCUCCAUCAAAGAUCAACACAAACUCCCUUAACAAACCCAUACCCUCUUUCACAUCGUCUCUUCUCCCUCACUAAACGCCCUUCUUCCCUCCUAACUCGCACUAAUCUUCUUCUCAUUUUCUCUCUCCUCAUAAUUCUGGGUUUUUUCUACCCUUAUAUGGGUCUUUCUCAGUCUCUUUUUUUCUCAAAUACCCACUUCGCAAAAUGGCGAAAUUACUCACUUAAAGAAGCAGUUUCCUUUGUUGGGAAAAAUGGGACUGUGAUUGUUUGUAUUGUUAGUGAACCUUACUUGGAUUUUUUGAAUAAUUGGUUGAUUAGUGUUACUAGGCAAAAACAUCAAGAUAAAGUUUUGGUUAUUGCUGAAGAUUAUAAUACUUUGUAUAAAGUUAAUGAAAAGUGGCCUGGUCAUGCUGUGCUUAUUCCCCCAGUUCUUGAAUCUCAUUCUGCACACAAGUUUGGUUCUGUGGGGUUCUUCAAUUUUACGGCUAGGAGGCCUCGCCACCUUUUGAAUAUUUUGGAGCUUGGAUAUAAUGUUAUGUACAAUGACGUUGAUAUGGUUUGGUUGAAAGACCCGUUUCCUUAUUUGGAGGGAAACCACGAUAUAUACUUUAUGGAUGAUGUAGCUGCGGUGAAGCCUCUGAACCAUUCCCAUGCCUUACCACCUCCAGGGAAAAAGGGACGUCCUUAUGUUUGUAGUUGCAUGAUUUUCAUGCACCCCACAAACGGUGCGAAGUUGGCUAUGAGAAAGUGGCUCGAAGAGCUACAAGAACAGCCAUGGACAAGAGCAAAGAAAGCUAAUGACCAGCCUGCCUUUAACUGGGCUUUAAUGAAGAUAGAAAAACAGGUGGAUAUGUAUUUGCUCCCUCAGUCUGCAUUCCCAACCGGAGGUUUGUACUUCAAGAACAAGACAUGGGUCCGUGAAACCAAAGGUUCGCACGUCAUCAUCCAUAACAAUUACAUCCUUGGAUUUGAAAAGAAGAUUAAGCGUUUCCAUGACUAUGGCCUCUGGCUAGUCGAUGAUUAUGCCUCAGAGUCUCCACUUGGCAAGCUAUAGGAAGAAGGCAUGGGAUAUGUUUUUUUAGUGCUAAACCUAGUCUCGAACUGCAUCUGCAAUGACAACAUCAUGGCUGAGCUUCGGAAUAUUUAAGCUGAUAGAACAAGUCUAUUUGGCCCCCCUCAGAGUAAAGAUACAAAAAUGUCCAACCAGACUCAUGCGACAAAGAUUUAGCUAACUAAUUUUUAGCCAAGUAGCCAUGUUCUAUAGCAUAUGCCCGAAUAUUCUUGAGCCAUUGUACCACUGUCUUCUUUGUCGAUGAAGUGAAGCGAGUUUCUAUUGAUGAGGGUUUGGCGUUGUUCUGUCUCUUGCUCGCUACUGCUUCCCUGUUUUCGGGUGUGGGAUGCCAAGUUGUCGACAACAACCAAAGUUUUUGCUGGUGUAAAAUGGUACAGCAGGAUACGAGGAACUACGGCUUUAGAUUUAAGCUGACUCUUUUGUUGCUGGUGAGUGGUGACUCUUAGAAAGUUAAUUCUUAUUCAUAUUUGUAUUAUUUUUAUAAAAUUAAAAGGUGUUAUAUUUGAUAAUUUAUUCUUUUUUCU